CUGUUUGAGAGCGAGGUGUUGGUUUUAUUUACGCUGGGUUGCUAUCGGAAUUGUUGGACACUGGUUUUAUAUUACUGUAUUUGUAUUAAAUACUUGAUAUUAAUAAUUAUUUUAUCUGACUUCAAGCUUAACAGUGGAUAUUCAAAAUGUGAUUGGAGUGGAGUACCAAUUCCCUCUACAUUGGAAAGAGCAGUUGGAGCACCUGCUGAAUUUUAUGUUUCUAACAACAACACUUUGUACAAUUCUACUGUAUUUACAUGGAAGCUGACCACGUCUUCUCCUGUAACCACUGUGUUAGCAGAACUGAUGUAUUUCAGUGGUUCUCCUGGCACAUUUGUUCCAGUUAAGACUCCGGACCGCGGGGCAACUGUAAGUUCAAUUGCCACCUCUUCUACAUCAAGUUAUCACAAUUUGACAUUUACACCAAAUAUUCUGGAUAACGAGAGUAAUGUUACUCUUGAGCGAGAGGGCUGUUCAGCAGAAACUAAAACAUCCAGUCCUACCACAUUAGACUUGAGAUAUGGAGAUACAGAACACUUUGGAUCUAGCUUUGUUGCUGAUAAAAGUAAGGUUGAAUACAACACCACAGUUAUUUUUUCUUGUGACCCUGCCCAUUAUGAACCUGCAAGCUUUACCGCUGUGUUGCUAGCGGAUGCAACUUGGGAACCUUCUGAUGCGCCAGUUACCUGUACUCGGACAACAACAACAUCUAUGACCACCAUCAUAGCCACUACUGAAGCUACAGUGACUGAUACCACAACUGCUUUAAGCACCGCAGCUUCAAACACGCAAACUAGUACUGUACAGCAAUCAACAGAGAUAACACAAAGUAGUACUCAUGGAAAUGUGUCAAAUAACAAUGCAUCACUAUCGUUAGUUACAUCCUUGCCCACUGCUACUGAGACAAAUAGUAACACUACAGGUGAUGGGAGUGCCGAGCGUCAAGCAUGUGAUGUCAAUUUUUUUCGUAAUGCUGCACCUGUUAAUUUGAACGGCAUUUGUGUUGAUGGUUGUUCUGUAUAUUUUCGCUGUAAUGAUGUUUCGAUUGCACAAAAUAUAAAUUUCACUAGAUCUUGUGGGAGAAAUGGUGCAUGGAACAAUACAUCGUCUCCAUGUUUAGUUUUUUGUCCUGGCUUAAAAGAUGGAGAGCUUGCUGGUAUUGCUUUCGUUAUUAUCUACGCUAGUAUCACCUUGGUUUGGGUUUAUCUUGUAUUUGACCGAAACAAGAAUAUCAAGAUUGCAAUAAAGAAGACCGUCUUGCUGGGAGUUUGUAAAUUUAUCUGUUGGAUUAUUGGGAUUGGGUUAUUGUUUGGGGCCACUGAAGAUUGGUGUGAUCUCACUGGCGGAAAUAUUGCUGGAAUUGUAUUUGGAGUCAUUGCAGUGUUAUUGGGAAUUCUGUAUUGUUUCCUGAAUCAUAAACAAUUUUUUGACGAAACGCCAAUAUCUGCCGGGACCAGAGUCAGUCCAGCUCCCGUUCCUCAGAAUGGGGAAACUGCCCCCGAACAAAUGGAAAUGAAUCCAGAAGAUUCUCUUUAAAGCUCAUUAACUCUAUAUGAUGAUUCAAAUAUUGUGGUUUUACUCUCAUCCCAAUUUGGCCUGAAUAUAAAUUCUUUUAGCAAAUUAUGUAUAAAUUGUUAUUAAAGUUCAUUUUGUUAUCAAAGUUCAUUUUGUUAUUUAAUAGCAUGUCUAGUGUAACUAUUUCUAUCUUUUAUGUAUUUAAAAGACUGAGAUUUCCUUUUUUUUCUUCAAUGAUUUUAGCAUUCCUGUUUAAACUGUUUUCAUUUUUCAUAUUUCAAUUUUCGAAGAAGCAUUACGUGUUGUUUCCAUUUUAUUACAAAAUUUGCAGUAUAUCAUUGCUUAGCACCACUGAAUUUUAUAUGUUUUUCAAGUUUGGUCCAGUUAUAAAAUUUCAAAUGUGUAUUUACAUCAAACUGUAAUUUCUGUAGCAAAUCUUUCCCUGUAACAAACAAAUCAUACAUCUGCUAAACAUGUUCGAUUAUUAUUUGAAUUGGAUUGUAUUAUAUGAUUUAGUCGGCAAUAGCAUUGAUGUACCAGUUGGUUAUAAAUAUGUUUACAAUUCCCCGUGUAUUUUGGGUAAGCAGCUUUAUGAAUGGUCCAUUAAGUUUUAGUGCCUUUGAGAGUAAUAUAAAUAAAACCUUUGAUCGUUGUAUUCUACUGUUAGAAAAUUCAUGGUUUUGUUAUGGCCUUUUAACGUUGCGUGGCAACAAAAGCCAUCAUUAAAAUCGGUUUUUGACUUCCACUUCCAACACUUUCAAUAGUGUUUUAAUGAUUUACGAUGUUCAUUAUCUUAUGUACAUAUAUCGUCAGUUCUUAAUCUGCUCUUAUCAACCUUUCAAUAGGAAAAUUAAUCAUUAUCUUUCUCUUUGUACAUUCAAUAUAGACAAACAAUUUUCAUCCUUAUUAAGAAGCAUUAUAUAGCCAUAUUACUGUAAGUCAGUUCGCAAUUAUUAUGUAUAUCAACGAUGUCCGUAUAGCCAUCUCGUUAUUAUUAACCUUGCUGCAUUUUUGUAUUGUAUGUUACCGGUAAAAAAAUCCAGUCAUUGAUUUGAACCUAAUUAUGUACAAGUCGUAAUCCUCGCCCUUGGAAGAAGCAUUGAUGAAAUCUAUUAUACAGCCGUAUUAUUGCCUGUAUUCCAAUGAAUUUAGACCACUGUUUGUCAAUUUACAAUUAUUAUGUAUUGUAGGCUAUAGCAUGCUUAAUCAUUUCCAUAUAGCCAUCUCGUUAUUAUUAACCUUGCUGCUUUUUUGUAUUGAGUGUUGCUGAUAAAAAAAAAAAUUAGACCUUGAUUUGAACCCUAUUAUGCAUGAGGUAUUUGCCUCACUAUUGAAAGAUGAUUCAUUAUGAACUAUAAAUGCUGUAUUUACGUUUAAAAUUUAUGUAUUUUGUGCUGAAUUAUAUAUAUCAACUGCUGUUGCAUGAAUUAUAUAUAUACAUAUAAUUAUUUUGUUCUAUACAGUUACAUUAGCUAUCCCGGUGUUAACUUUACCGUUUAAAAAAGUAUUGUUUAUUGCAGAAAAAUAAAUUUAGCGCUUGAUUUGAACCUCACUGUACAAGCCAUACGCCCUUUAUAAGUUCCAGAUGUCAAACUUUCAUAAGUUCCGAUGUCAAAAUUAUCAAAGUUAUGUUUUGAGGUUUAUGUUUACUGCGUUUUGUAUUGAUCUUCUACUUUUAAAACAUUAUUAUGUGAUAUUAUUCGAAAUUUAAAAUAUUUGAAGGAUUGUUAAUAAAUGACAUAGAAGUGUA